UGCCCGAGAUUCAUACCGGAUUCUUACAGUAGUUCGUUUGAACUUCAUUCUUCCACCUCAACCGCACAAUGCUCUCCGUUGUUCGGCAAGCCUGGAAAGGGGGCCCACGGUUCGCAAUCCGCUCGGUCUCAACAGCCAGUCGAAAUGGCGCGGCGUUGGUCGACGACGCAAUUGCCACCAUGAACUCAGUAUUCGACGAUAAAAAGCCUACAGUGAACUCAGAAACUCUUGCGUCCUUGGACAUUCCAACUCUUCCACCUCAACCAUCAGCAGAAACUCAUUUCUCUGACCUCCCUCCGGCUGAGGAUCCUCUAUUGCUGUAUCUCACGAACCGCAUAAUGCGUCAUGGAGAGAAACAAAAGGCACAGCGCAGAGUAUCCAGGAUUAUGCUCCAUCUCCAUGCCUUCACUCGCUCUCCGCCAUUGCCCCUUCUACGCCGUGCCAUCGAAAUCGCUGCGCCUGCUGUCCGAAACAUAUCCUCAAGAAAUGGCUCGAAGGUUGUGAUCAAGCCAGUUGCUCUUCAGGAGAAGCGGAGGAUCAUGUAUGCUGUAAAGUGGAUACUGGAAGCCAGCAAACAUCAACGAGGGCAGACAAUAGAGGAAAAGGUUGCUCGAGAGCUCAUAGCUUGCCUCAACGGCGACGGAGGUGCGUUGAAAAAGAAGGAGGAGGUGCACAAGACGGCAGUGCAGAACAGAGGUGCUGCCCGUGCAUGAUUUAUGUUUCUAUUCGCCUUAUAAUACCAGUCCUGAGGCACAUCCUCAUCUUUCAUCAGGCUUUUAAGGUUCGGCAGCGCUUUACAGAAGCAUUACACUCGAGGUACGUGCAUACUGAGGUUACGACAGCAAAUCAACGACGGAUACAGCAGAGCAACAUCCAAGACAAGGACAAGAAAACAAAUCACUCAAAAUCAGCGACCCCACACUCAUUUCACUCACUCCAUUUCGCGCCACGGUCUAUCCUCAUUCGCAUCGACAUCGUCAUCGUCAAGUUGUGGAAUGACGUCGCCUAACGUCAAAGCAGUCAUACGCCUCGUGAAUUGGUUCAUGUCGUCCAUGACAACCUCCACGACUUCCUGGUCAUAGCCCCCAUUUUCACGGAUGGCAGCUCUGGUAUCCCAUGUUGGUGCAUCUCCGAUCCAGGCUCGGUUAUUGUAGACAUGGUUCAGGAACUUCCUCCAAAGGGGAUCAAGGGAGAUGACUGUUGGGUCCCCGACAACGAUCAGGAGAGCUUGAGCUCGAGUGACAGCAACUUAGGAAAAUGAUGUCAGAAAAAUACAGCAUUCCUCUUGGGAGUAGGGUACGUACCAUUGAACCUGCGAGGACUGGCGACGAACCCAAGGGUAUGCCUGAGGUCAUAUUCGAUGUACUCUUUGCUGCUCCGCACGGUCGAGAUGAUAAUCACACGACGUUCCUGGGUUACC